AUGGAUUCUAAUUUAUUUUAUUCUCUUGCAACCUCAAAUUUUAUGUCAAAUAAAGAAAUAUGCAGAGAACAUAUCAUUAAUAAUGCUAAAAGAAAAAACUGUUAUCAAAUUUGUUUAGAAGAUCUAAAAGAAUUAUAUUGUUCAAGUUCAAGAACCUCCAUUUAA